AUGGCGGUGGCAGUAGUGCUUGGGCUCAGCUGGCUCUGUGUGCCCCUGGGAGCUCUGGUUCUGGAAUUCAACAACAUCAAGGGCUCUGCGGACCUGCAAGGGGCUCGGAAGAGUUCACAGUGCCUAUCUGACAAGGACUGUAAUACUAGAAAAUUCUGCCUCAAGUCCCAAGAUGAGAAGUCAUUCUGUGCAACAUGUCGUGGGUUAUGGAGGAGGUGCCAACGUAAUGCCAUGUGUUGCCCAGGAACACUCUGCAUAAAUGAUGUCUGUAUUGCAAUGGAAGAUGCAACUUCAGUUCUGGAAAGGCAGACUGAGGAUCAAGAUAGCAUAAAUACUAAAGGAACACCUGAGCAUACAAUUCAGGAAAACAAACCCAAGAGGAAGCCAAGUAUUAAGAAAUCGCAAGUCAGUAAAGGACAAGAGGGAGAAAGCUGUCUAAGAACUUCUGACUGUGGACCUGGACUUUGCUGUGCUCGUCACUUUUGGACUAAAAUGUGUAAACCAGUUCUCUUAGAAGGACAGGUCUGCUCCAGGAGGGCACAUAAAGAUACUGCACAAGCACCAGAAAUCUUUCAGCGUUGUGACUGUGGUCCUGGAUUAGUAUGUCGAAGUCAAGCAACUGGCAAUAGACAACAUGCACGAUUAAGAGUAUGCCAAAAGGUCUAA